GUGUGUUUUUUCUCUGCUUAGUGUAGUUGUUUUCUGUCUUUUAAUUGAUUAAUUUCCAUUUCCUUUUGAUUGAUUAUACCCAAAAGUUGCGUAUACAGUAAACUCCUUGUUGUUGUAUGUAAAUGGUUGAUUAGGCAUAAUUUAUGUGUACACAUUACACUCUCUGAAUCUCCGAAAACUCACGUGAAUACGCUGACUUUGUGGUAAGGCGUGCAUAUACACUACCCUCCCCGUACCUCACUUGUGUGUUUGUUGUUGUUGUUGUACAAAUGUGGGAUUACAAUGUUUUUGUUGUUUGUUGUUGUUUUUGUUGUUGUUGGACAAAUGGUUGAUUUUAUACGAAUGGGAAAGAAGCAGCCUUUACUCUUUCGAUUGCUGGUUAAUAUAGUUGUAAAGUGUUCAUAUUUAAGUAGGAACUGAGCGAGCAGGCUCUUGUUUUAAUUAUUAUCGAAAAAGUUCCCAACUUUGAAAAUGCAGUCCCAUCCGACCAUAUUUGAACUUGAAGGUUCUCAACAUUGGUAGUUUUAAAAUUGUGUUAAGAAAGUUAAUAGUUUUGUCGAAUUUUAGUAGUUAUCACAUAUAUAAAAGAACGGCAGCUGGUUAUAAAGCAUCCCGCUUUCACACAGGGCAGUUCCAUAAAGGGUGUGAUGAAGUCAACCUACCCUAAUGCAGGCAUUAGUGGUCGCUUCAAUGGCUCCAAGCUGUGAGCUAUAGGUCACAUUGUUGCUCCAAGGCUGUCCUUAAUUCACAUAUAGAAAUUUAAAUUAUGGGUUAAGAAUAUUGUUGACGUUUAGUAGUUUUUCACAUGUAUGUAUAUUUAUGUUGUGUGUCGAAUACUUGGUUUACUUGCCUCUGCAUACAGGCAUCCUAUAGCAGUGUUAGCCUAUCUAUAUACGUUAGUUUGUAAAAUUAAAAGCUAUGUAUGGUGUUAGACUCUCGUUGUUUACUUCCCUGUGUUGCUGCCUAUGAACAUUUGGUGUACCUUUAUUUGGCUUAAAACUGCGCCUUUUCUCUUUUGUGUUUAAUUUGUUGCACAUGAUGCAGUGGCUCGCUGCAAUGGACCCUUUUGAUGCAGCGAAACUUGUGCAUGAAAGAAUCAUGAGAGUUGAACCUGAACAUGUUACGAGGAAGAUUAUUGGCUAUAUUUACUUGCAAGACUAUCCAGACCAGGAAAUGAUCCGAUUAGCGUUAGGACCUGAUACCUUAAUUCACAACGUGAUCCAAAAAGCGAAAGAUGCACUUAACCUGAACUCCACUUCAGUGUUUUGCAGUCCUUCUAUAACUCCGGUUAAUACAGCAGAUCCCCUACUGCAGUUUGGACGUUUUCCACCUCAUUCACCAUCAUCGGCUUUCCAUGUAGCGGCUUCUCGCUGCAAACCUCAACUCUCUGAUGAACAUUCUUGUUUAACUGAAAUUUUCUACCCUGGCUAUGACCCUCAGCAACAGUUCCUCCAACCUGAAGAAACAACCGACUUCGGAAAUUUGAAUUACCCAAGUGAUUAUUGCUAUCCAGAAGCAGCCCUUAUCAGACGCGGUAGAAAUUCUCCAUGUCCGCUUAAACUUCCAGCUAAGGCUUGCCACUAUUUCAACAAGGGCUUCUGUAGAAAUGGUGCCAGCUGUAGGUACUUUCAUGGCCAUCCAUUUCCCGAGAGCUUCUCACAUAUGAUUGAACCGAAUUUAUGUGAAUAUGGUGAUGAAGAUGAAUUACUUUCACCUGGUUCCCUGGAGAAAUUAGAGCUGGAGAUAACGGAGCUCUUGAAAUAUAAGAAAGGGCAUCCUGUUUCAAUUGCAUCCCUGCCCAUGAUGUAUUAUGAGAAAUACGGAAGAACUCUCCAAGCGGAAGGGUAUCUAACCGAGAGCCAGAGACAUGGUAAACCUGGCUAUAAUUUGACAAAGCUUCUUGCUCGAUUGAAGUUUGUUCGUCUGAUUGAAAGGCCUCAUGGACAACAUUCCAUAGUACUGGCUGAAGAUGCAGUAAAGUACAUGGACCCUUAUGGUGAAAGAAGUGAUCCAGGUCCUAUUGUUAGUGGUUCACGUCAAAUAUAUUUGACAUUCCCUGCUGAGAGCACUUUUACGGAGGAAGAUGUCUCUGAUUACUUCGAAACUUUUGGGCCAGUUCAAGACGUAAGAAUGCCAUGUCAGCAGAAACGAAUGUUUGGAUUUGUAACGUUCUUCAGUGCAGAUACUGCAAAAAUUGUUUUAUCAACAGGAAAUCCACAUUAUGUGUGUGGUGCUCGUGUUCUUGUCAAACCGUAUAGGGAGAAGCCAAAGCUAUCUGAAAGGAAGCACCAGGAAAGACUGGAAUCAUCAAUAUUUUACCACUUACAGCAUGCUGAUUUCGAUUCUGGACUUCAAGAAAGAUUUAAGCCCCCCAGACUGCUAAGGAAACACUUAAUGGAAGAGCAAGUCCUUGAAAUUGAGACUAGGCGACUUGCACAGCUGCAGUUAUCGAGGAAACCCAUGGCCACUCUAUCCUAUUCUCACCCUCCCAUGGACGAAUUUCACACUUCUCAGCAACGCUCCAGCCAUCUACUAGAUGUUCGGAAUGGUGGGUCCUCAGAUGAAGAUAUUCCCAAGUAUUCAGGAAGCCCUUAUACUGAUGACGAGAGCAAUCAACGGAUCAACCUGCCAGACAGUCCAUUCGCAUCAGGAUUAACGGCCAGUGAAUCUGCAGCUAAAUAGUUCCUCCGGAUACACAUUAUUUAGGAAUACAGGUCUACUUCAAAGGCGGCACCUUGUAUUCAAGAGAAUGCAGGUCUUUUUCAUGGAAGUUUACAGGUGAUGUAGUACAUAUAGCAGCAGGGAAUAUCAGAAAUAGAUCAACCACACAGCCGGGCUAACGUAACUUUGACACAAAGUCUUACAUGUUUAGGUUCAGAAAAGAGGACAUAGGUGAUUGUCCUUGGCAUAGAAUGUUACAUAUAGUAUUGUCUUUAGUUGAUGGAGGAUGAUAGUGAAGAUGUAGGAUCAAGAAAUAUGUUUAGGAACUUUGUGAAGUUUGAUAGUAGUUUAGUUUAAAUAGAACUAUAGAAGCCUUUUUAUGUUCAUUUUGCUGAAAAAAAUCUGUUACUUGCAAGGUGCAGCCAUGAAAAUUUGUUUCAUUUGA